ACGGCUACUAAUUAUAAAACGGCUAUAAUUCAAAAUCUCAGUCUCUCUUUGCUUCACCUUUCUACAUUUCCCUUUUCUUUCUCUCAUUACACUUCCGAUCAUCAUCACUUUCUCACCAAUUCCCAGAAAAAAGAUCAUCUCCGAGAAAACGAUUUCCAUCGGGAGAGAAAGUGGUUGUCCUUACCACUAUAUACUCUUUUCCAUCAAUGAUUCCAUCAAGAAACGGGUCUUAAACGAAUAUUUUCCAGAGAAAGUGUAGUCGUUCUUUCUCAAUCUCUCUCGCCACACCCAUUUCAAAGUCGAUAACAAGGUUCUUUUCCCCGAUUGCUGGAAGCGUUUUCUUGGAAAUUCAAGAUAAGGGCUUGGAGAUUUUUCUCGAGAAAGUGAUAACAGAGAGGAGAAAAUGUGGAGCAACAACGAUGAGUGUAUCAUUAUUCCACCUUGCAAAGGGUUUUUGACGCCCUCUCCGGCGCCGAACUUCAAGCCUUUGUAUCCUUCCGUUACAUCGAUGACUGAGUGUAGAAGAAGACUACCUCAGAACAAAGGUGAUCCGUUUCAUGUCAUACAUAAAGUGCCUGCAGGAGAUUCUUCUUAUGUCAGAGCCAAACAGGUUCAGCUUAUUGAGAAGGAUCCAAGCAGGGCAAUUUCGCUCUUCUGGUCCGCUAUAAAUUCUGGGGAUCGAGUGGAUAGUGCCUUGAAAGACAUGGCAGUUGUGAUGAAACAGUUGAAUCGUUCUGAUGAGGCAAUUGAGGCCAUUAAAUCGUUUCGUCAUCUCUGUCCUCUCGAGUCUCAGGAAUCCAUUGACAAUGUCCUAGUUGAAUUGUAUAAGAGGGCUGGAAGAAUUGAAGAGGAGAUUGAGAUGCUUCAAAUUAAACUGAAUCGACUCGAGGAAGGCUCAGCUUUCGGUGGAAGAAGGACCAAAACAGCAAGAUCUCAGGGGAAGAAAGUUCAUAUAACUGUUGAACAAGAAAAAUCUAGGAUAUUAGGAAACUUAGCAUGGGCAUACUUGCAACAAAAUAAUUAUAUAACUGCAGAAGAGUAUUACAGGAGAGCCCUGUCGCUGGAGCAAGAUAUGAAUAAACAGUGUAAUUUGGCAAUCUGUUUGAUGCACAUGAACAGAAUGCAAGAAGCAAAGUCUUUGCUUCAUGCUGUUAGAGCUUUAUCUGGUAAAAAUCCCAUGGAUGAAUCGUAUGCCAAGUCUUUUGACAGGGCUUAUGAAACACUGACCGAACUAGAGAAAGAAUCAGUAGUGAAAUCAAAUCAAAAGGAUGGAAAUAGCUCAAAAGAAAUGUCAAGAUCUUUAUCAUCCUCCAUGACAAGUAAUUUGGAAGAUGUAAAUAGCUCCAUAAACGCAAGCAGGCAGUAUCAUAUAUCUGAAACUGUGGUACCAAGAGAAGUUUGUGGUGGUGGUAACCAUUUGGAGAAUAAGGCCAAUUUCAAUGUGUAUGACAAUAAAAAUUCACAUUGCACACCAUUGAGAGCAGGAAGUAGUUUAAAAAUUUCUCGGCAAGUUGUGCCUGUUGAUAAGUGGACAAAAGAUUAUUCUGAAAGCACAGGUAAAAGCAGGCCUGGGGUUAUCACCAUUAUGAAAAACCGAGUUGGUACGGUUGGAACGGAUCCAAGUUCUUUGAAUAAGAAGACAUACUUUUCUCCAGCUCCAGCCAGGUGCAAUCAGAGGACUCCAUUUACGCAGCCUCGAAGGUGCUUAUGGGGAUUUAGUGAUGAAGAACCGAGAAGGGUAGAAGCAUGGGGAAAAGAUGUGAUUGGGAAUUCAAGGAAGAAUUGCAGCUAUGAUGAUGGGAAUUCAAAGAAGAAUUGCAGCUAUGAUGAAGACUGGAGGAGAAAGAAUUCUUGGCAAAAUGGUGAUAUGAAAAGAUAUAAUCAUGAAGUAGAGUAUUUAAAUCUAGGGAUGAUUGCUGUAGAGUCACCAAAUGAUUUAUGUAACACAAAGGCAUUGGGAGCUUCCAUUAGUGAGGAUGACAGUACGUUUGGAGAGGGAAGCUCUGGCAAAGUAGAGAAUUCUGGCCAACAAACUACAGAAACCCCAAAGCCAACUGUGGAUUCUUCGGUUUGUAAUAACAAGAAGAGUUGGGCAGAUAUGGCUGAAGAAGAAGAUGAAGAUCUGUGUGAUAGAGCAGAUGAGUUUUGCAGUGAUUGGAGCCGUGAAGAAGCAUAUAAUGAUGAAAACAUGAAUUCGAACCUGAUUCAUGGGAGUCCUUGUCUACAGACUCAGAUGAAAAACCCGAGCCAAAAGCUUGAAAUCUUUCAUGGUGGUUGGUAUAGUGAAGGAGAUUUCAAGGACAAGAGCAAUAGUUCAAAUAUGAUCCAUGGGAGUUCUUAUCUGCAGUCUCAGAUGAAAAGGCUGACCCGAAAGCUUGAAUUCUGUGAAUUAAAAGAUGAAGAUAAUAAUAAUAGCAUACGUGGGAAUGUGGCUGUUUCAUCAGGGAAUCCAACUGCUCGGCGUACUUUGUGUUUCGAUCAGAAACACCAGAAACAAGAUUCAACAGAUUGCUUCUGCUCUUCACCAGUAUCUAAGAAAGUUCAGAACUUUGACCGCUCAAACUCAGCGCAGCUUAAGGGAAGGUGUUCUGCUUCCGGAAAGAACACAAAGAGAAACAGGUUGAAGGUUUUUCAAGACAUCACCCUUCAUCUAGAUAGUCCAUGAGUUUGAAUUAGAAAAUUUUCUGUUUAAGUUUUACAUUCUUCUUCAGUGUGUCAUGUUUCUUAAAUAUCAUUGCACAAAGAUAUGUACACCAUAGCAUUCUUUCAUCUUCACCACAGUCUAAGAAAGUACAGAACUUUGAUAGCUUACUCAAACUCUGCGGCAGGCAAACGAGAAAGGUGUUCUCUUUCCAGAAAGAACACAAGGAGAAACAGGUUGAAUGUUUUUCAUCCAGAUAUAUCAUGAGUUUGAGUUCGAGAAUAUUAUGUAUAACAAAGUCUCACUUUCUUUUUCAGUGUGAUCUGUACACCAUAGCAUUCUUUGAUUCUUUACAGACCAAUGUUUUUUUUUUGGAUA